UGAAAAGAAAAAAUAAGAAAAAAGAAACUUGGCUAUUGAAUUGAAGAGCUACACAGAAGGAGAGUGUCUCUAUGGUUCUACAAACCGAAGGAACGGUUUGCUCAUACACUGUUCUAAUCCCAUAAAUUUUCCUCAUAAUUUUUCUACUAUAUGCUCUAGAUUCCCACCCACUGGGAGAGCGAAUUCGGCACACAGUGCUUCAACUUUCUCCAACAGAGUCUGCGCAUUUCCAUGCUCGCUAUGGCUGAAUCGGGAAUCUAGCGGAUCAUUUUUUCGCCUUUUUUGUUUUCUGGGGUUUUGUUUUUCUGAUGAGUUUUUGAAGCUGUGAUGAUGUAUACCCAGAGCGAUCGGUUGAUGCUGUGAUUGGAUUUGGUGGAUUGUCCCCCUCUUCCCUUCUGUAUCUGGGUGAGUUGGAUUAGUCUCCCGGAGAUAUGAAAGGUGGCGAUGAAGUCGUGGCAGCUCCGGCGGCCUCCUCGCAGCCUCUCGAGUGGAAAUUCUCGCAGGUGUUUGGUGAACGUACCGCCGGCGAAGAAGUACAGGAAGUUGAUAUUAUUUCAGCCAUUGAGUUUGAUCAAACUGGCGACCAUCUUGCUACUGGCGAUCGAGGUGGUAGAGUGGUUCUUUUUGAGAGGACAGAUAGAAAAGAUCAUGGAGGAAUGAGAAAGGACUUGGAGAAAAUGGAUCAUUCAGUUAGUAGGCAUCCUGAGUUCCGUUAUAAAACAGAGUUCCAGAGCCAUGAACCCGAGUUUGACUAUCUCAAGAGCUUGGAAAUUGAGGAGAAAAUUAACAAAAUCAGAUGGUGCCAAACAGCCAAUGGAGCCCUCUUUCUAUUGUCUACUAAYGAUAAAACCAUUAAGUUUUGGAAGGUGCAAGAAAAGAAGAUCAAGAAAAUAUCCAACAUGAAUGUGGACCCUUCCAAAGCCGUUGGAAAUGGAUGUAUAGCUAGUUCAAGUAUUUCAAGCAGUCCUAUGCCACAUCUUCCAAAUGGAGGAUCCUGUGAUGGAUUACAUAAUCAUCCCAGCAAUGACCUAUUGGGGGCCAUUUCGUCACUACGUCUACAAGUGUUAACUAGCCACGAGACRAGCCUUCUUGCUAGAUGUCGAAGAGUAUAUGCUCAUGCUCACGAUUAUCAUAUCAACUCUAUCUCGAAUAACAGUGAUGGUGAAACUUUUAUAUCGGCUGAUGAUCUACGGAUAAAUCUUUGGAACAUGGAAAUUAGCAAUCAAAGUUUUAACAUUGUUGAUGUGAAGCCUGCUAACAUGGAGGAUUUAACUGAGGUGAUUACAUCUGCUGAGUUUCACCCUACACAUUGUAACAUGCUGGCAUAUAGCAGUUCAAAAGGCUCAAUUCGCCUAGUUGAUUUGCGGCAGUCAGCAUUAUGUGAUUCCCAUGCCAAAUUAUUUGAGGAACCAGAGGCUCCUGGUUCUAGAUCAUUUUUCACAGAGAUAAUUGCUUCCAUCUCAGAURUUAAAUUUGGAAAGAACGGAAGAUAUAUAUUAAGUCGUGAUUACAUGACUCUUAAGUUAUGGGACAUCAACAUGGAUACUGGUCCGGUUGCAACCUUCCAAGUUCAUGAAUAUUUAAGACCCAAGCUUUGUGAUUUAUAUGAAAACGAUUCGAUCUUUGACAAGUUUGAGUGUUGUCUGAGUGGUGAUGGAUCGCGUGUAACUACAGGUUCCUACAGCAAUUUAUUUCGAGUUUUUGGUUGUUCCCCGGGAAGUACUGAAGCAACGACUUUGGAAGCCAGCAAAAAUCCAACUAGUAGGAGACAAGUGCAGACCCCUUCGAGACCUUCGAGAUCACUUAGUAGUAGCUUUACAAGAGUUGUCAGACGAGGAGGAUCUGAGAGCACAGGGGUUGAUGCAAAUGGCAAUCCCUUUGAUUUCACAACUAAGCUGCUGCAUCUAGCAUGGCAUCCGGCUGAAGAUUCAAUCGCCUGUGCUGCCGCAAACAGCUUGUACAUGUAUUAUGCAUAAGGUGGGGGUGAGCAUCAAAUGACAUCAYUUGCUUAACCUUUUUGACUUCUGUCAGUAAAAGUUCUUUCCUUUCUCAUCGAUCCUUAAUCAUGGAAGCUCAUUCAUCGAGUUCGAUAUGCCUAUGGUAUCUGGUGCAUACGUCUAUAACUGCUGUUGCCAAAAAUUCUGCAAGGAAGCAAGUUGUUUAUGUUCCUCAGGUGGGCAACAUUGCUUUUUCUUCUCUUCUUUCAACCCAUAAUUCUACCUUUCAUUUCCUUUAUAACCCUUUCGUUUCUUCUAAAAGAGAGGAGAUUUGGUUCUGUUCUACAUUUUGUCGGGUUGAACUAAGGAGAGAAAUUCUGAUUGUAGUUUCCCCUACAAMAAACACUGAAAUUGCUGCUCAAUAUCUUCUCUUCCACUAGGUUCAAGAUUAACAAAUGUAGUUUUUUAGUUAACUUCUAAAAGUUUCGGUGGGAAGGAGCUGUUAAAUCUUGCAGUAUGCCAAAUUAUUUUUUUUUCAAUUGAUUCAUUGUCACUCUCAGAAAUUACAUUGGGAUGUUUUUCAUAAUUUAUCACUGUAGUUUUAUGUAAAGAACAGUYAUAUUGAAUGUAGCCUGCUUACCUCUGAAUAUUUUUGCAUGUAGAAACACCCUCUUCCUUUUCCCUUGCUUUGAAAUCUGUUGUGUAGAUUUGCUACUUCUUCACUCAAAUUCCCAGUGUGUAGUCUGAUGCCGUCUUUCCAACACAGUGGAGUGAUCGACUUYGGUAUGUUGAAUAAUCUUUUAUAUUAUCGUUUUCGUUGUUGUCGAUGUCGUUGAUAUAUCAAGUAGAGUGGAGAGAUUUGAAUCUUUAAUGGAUUCUUUUUAUUAACUAGUCUUUGUCAUUUGAGCUGUAUUGAUGGGACUGAUUUGUUGAA